UGUGCAUGAGUCCGCCUCUCCCACAGCGUGUGUGUGUGUGUGUGUGUGUUGGAGCAGGGCAGCUGGCGCUCUCUGCUCUCUGCUCGGUUCUCACUGCUGGAAAUGGCGAUCCGGGCUGGCCAGCUCUGUUUUCUGCGUCUCCUGCUGGCGCUUUUCGCGGUGAUCGCCUGCGGACUGCAGUCUGCGCUUUGCUGUCCGAGCCGCUGCUUGUGUUUCCGAACCACGGUGAGAUGUAUGCAUCUGAACCUGGAAACCGUGCCGGCUGUGUCUCCGCAGACAACCAUUCUAGACCUGAGAUUCAACAAAAUCAAGGAAUUACAACCAGGCUCCUUCAGACGUUUAACAAAUCUCAACACACUUCUCCUUAACAACAAUCAUAUACGAAGGAUUCCCAGGGGAGCGUUUGAAGACCUAGAAAACCUCAAGUAUCUCUAUUUGUACAAGAAUGAAAUCCAAUCAAUUGACAGACAAGCGUUUAAGGGCCUUGUCUCUCUUGAGCAACUGUACCUGCACUUCAACAACAUUGAGUCUUUGGAACCAGAAUCCUUCACCCAUUUGCCGAAGUUGGAACGACUGUUUUUGCACAACAACAGAAUUACGCAGCUCAUCCCAGGAACAUUUGUUCAACUUCAGGCCAUGAAAAGAUUGCGGCUGGACUCCAACGCGCUGAGCUGCGACUGCGAGCUGCUGUGGCUGGCCGACCUGCUGAAGCAGUACGCCGAGUCGGGGAACGCCCAGGCCGCCGCCACCUGCGACCAUCCAAGCCGACUUCAGGGCCGAUCGGUGGCAACGCUCACUGCUGAGGAGCUCAACUGCGAGGUACCAAGGAUCACCUCAGAGCCCCGGGAUAUUGAUGUUACAUCAGGAAAUACGGUUUACUUCACCUGUAGGGCUGAGGGCAACCCCAAACCGCAGAUUAUAUGGCUCCGGAACAAUAAUGCUUUAAAUAUGCGGGAUGACAGUCGUCUGAACCUGCUGGAAGAUGGGACACUGAUGAUUCAAGACACCAGAGAAACUGAUGAGGGGGUUUACCAGUGCAUGGCUAAAAACGUAGCUGGGGAAGUCAAGACUUCAGAGGUCACUCUUCGAUACUUUGGAGCCCCUUCCCGGCCAAAUUUUGUCAUUCAACCCCAGAACACUGAGGUCCUGGUUGGCGAGAGUGUAACACUAGAGUGCAGCGCCACUGGACAGCCACAGCCAAGAGUCACCUGGACAAAAGGUGACCGCACACCGUUGCCUAGCGACGCUCGCAUCAACAUUACGCCAUCCGGGGGUCUUUACAUUCAGAAUGUUGUUCGAGAUGAUGGAGGACUGUAUACAUGCUUUGCUUCCAAUAAUGUGGAUACCAUACAUGCCACAGCACACAUCAUUGUUCAAGCGACUCCUCAGUUCACUGUCACACCACAGGACCAGUCAGUCCUGGAGGGUCACACCGUGGAUUUCCCCUGUGAGGCGAGUGGUUAUCCAGAGCCAGUGAUUGUGUGGACUCGAGGUGGUAAUCUACUGCCCUCUGACCGACAUCACACAAUGCUGCCUUCCGGUACCCUCCGUGUCACUCAGGUGGCUGCCCAUGAUGAGGGCCAGUAUGAGUGCGAGGCGAUGAGCCCAGUAGGGACAGUCCGUGUGACUGUGCAGCUCAGCAUUGAGCAGAGAGCGACCCCCCAGUUCACCGUAACGCCACAGGACCAGUCAGUCUCAGAAGGUCACACAGUGGAUUUCCCCUGCGAGGCAAGCGGCACCCCAUUGCCACUGAUCAUCUGGACUCGAGGUGGAAGCCCUCUGCCUUCGGACCGUCGGCACGUCAUCCUGGCCUCCGGUACGCUCCGCAUCAUUCGGGUGGCUGCACACGAUGAGGGCCAGUAUGAGUGUGAGGCGGUGAGCCCAGUGGGGACGGUGCGCGCCACUGUACAGCUCAGCAUUGAGCAGAGAGUAACGCCUGUUUUCACAAAUGCUCCAAGGGACCUGACUGUGGAGGCUGGUCAGGAUGUGCAGAUUCCCUGCAGUGCUCGAGGCCAGCCACGGCCGGUUCUCACCUGGAACAAGGAUGGUGUACAGAUAACAGAGAGCGGCAAGUUCCACAUCAGUGCAGGUUACCUGGAGGUGAAGGAUGUUGGCACUGCAGAUGGUGGACGCUAUGAAUGCGUUGCCCGGAACCCCAUUGGAUUCCAGGCUGCUAGAAUGGUGCUUACAGUCACAGUACCUGCAAUCAGCCGAGAGGGAGACACCUUUGUGAGCACAUCUAUAGAGCAGGCCAUCCGUAAUGUGGACAGUGCUAUUGAGUCCACAAGGAGACGUCUCUUUGAUGGUCAGCCUCGUACUCCAGGAGAGUUGCUCGCUCUUUUUCGAUAUCCCCGUGAUCCCUACACAGUGGAGCAGGCACGUGCUGGGGAGAUCUUCGAGCAGACUCUCCUGCUCAUCCAAAACCACGUCAACCAGGGUCUCAUGGUGGACACCAAUGGCACCGCAUUUCGCUACAACGACCUGGUAUCCCCCCGCUUUCUGGACAUGAUUGCUAAUCUCUCUGGCUGCAUAGCCCACCGCCGCAACAACAACUGCUCAGACAUUUGCUUCCACCAAAAGUACCGCAGCCACGAUGGGACCUGCAACAACCUCCAGCACCCCAUGUGGGGUGCCUCGCUCACUGCAUUCGAACGCCUACUGAAGCCAGUCUAUGACAACGGCUUCAACUUGCCAAGAGGCACCACCGAUAGGGUGCAUAAUGGAUACAAGUUGCCCCUGCCAAGGCUGGUGUCGACCACAAUGAUUGAAACAGAGACCAUUACUCCUGAUGACCGCUACACUCACAUGCUAAUGCAGUGGGGUCAGUUCCUGGACCACGACUUGGACUCGACAGUGGUGGCGCUGAGUCAGGCUCGUUUUUCUGAUGGCCAGCUGUGUGCUCAGGUCUGCACAAAUGACCCACCAUGCUUUCCGAUUCAGUUCCCACCCAAUGACCAGCGGCAGCUGCGAAGUGGUGCUCGUUGCAUGUUCUUUGUGCGCUCCAGCCCAGUGUGUGGCAGUGGGAUGACGUCUCUACUCAUGAACAGCGUUUAUCCGAGAGAGCAGAACAACCAGAUCACCUCCUAUAUUGAUGCCUCCAAUGUCUAUGGCAGUUCACGACACGAGUCGGAGCAGAUUCGCGACAUGGCUAGCCACAGGGGGCUUCUUCGUCAAGGCAUCAUACAACGAACAGGGAAGGCACUUCUUCCGUUCGCCGCGGGACCACCUACAGAGUGCAUGAGGGAUGAAAAUGAGAGUCCAAUCCCUUGCUUCUUGGCUGGAGAUCACCGUGCCAAUGAACAACUUGCCUUGACCGCCAUGCACACUGUGUGGUUCAGGGAGCACAACCGCAUUGCUACAGAACUGCUGAGACUUAAUCCCCACUGGGAUGGCGAUACCAUCUAUCAUGAGACCAGAAAGAUAGUGGGGGCCCAAAUGCAGCACAUCACCUACAAUCACUGGUUACCAAAGAUUCUCGGUGAAGAAGGCAUGAGGAUUUUAGGGUCGUACACCGGUUACGACCCCAACGUUAACGCUGGCAUCUUUAAUGGGUUCGCCACAGCAGCUUUCCGCUUUGGACAUACCCUCAUCAACCCAAUACUCUACAGGUUAAACGAGCACUUUGAGCCUAUCCCCCAGGGUCACAUCUCCCUGCACCGUGCCUUCUUCUCUCCUUUCCGCAUCGUAAACGAGGGAGGCAUCGACCCACUCCUUCGUGGACUCUUUGGCGUUGCUGGGAAAAUGCGCAUUUCCACCCAGCUACUGAACACUGAGCUGACCGAGAAGUUAUUCUCCAUGGCCCACGCUGUGGCUUUGGAUCUGGCUGCCAUGAAUAUUCAGAGAGGAAGGGAUCAUGGUAUACCGCCUUAUAAUGACUAUAGGACUUUCUGUAACCUGACCUCAGCUCAGACGUUUGAUGACUUGAGGAAUGAGAUCAGGAACCCUGAUGUCAGAGAAAAACUACGAAGGCUCUACGGCACCCCUUUUAACAUUGACCUCUUCCCAGCCCUGAUGGCUGAAGACCUGGUCCCUGGCAGUAGAUUGGGUCCCACUCUAAUGUGUUUGCUCGCAACGCAAUUCAAACGUGUCCGGGAUGGAGACAGGUUCUGGUAUGAAAACCCAGGAGUGUUCACUCCUCCACAGCUGACACAGCUUAAACAAGCGUCCUUAGCUCGGGUUGUGUGCGACAAUGGGGACAACAUCACCCGGGUCCAGCGGGAUGUGUUCGCAGUGGCCGACUUGCCACACGGCUAUGGAAGCUGUGAUGACAUUCCUCAGAUCGACCUGCGUAUGUGGCAGGACUGCUGUGAGGAUUGCAGAACCAAGGGUCAGUUUAAUGCCCUGUCGUACCACUUCAGGGGACGAAGAUCAGCUGAACACAGCUACAAGGAGGAGAAAAAUACCAACAGCAUCCAGGAAACACGCCCACUGGAAAAUGCCCAAAACAGUCUUUCAAAUGUAACUUUGGGCUCAAAAACAAGCAGUGAACCUUCGGUUGGUGACUUCCAGGAGUUUGUCUCAGAUAUGCAGAAGACCAUCACAAGCUUACGGAAACAGAUUAAAAGACUGGAAGCUCGUCUGCACAAGUCCACCUGCAAUGACAGCGAGGGGCGUGAGCGAACGGAUGGGGAGCGCUGGCGGAAGGACUCAUGCUCGACGUGUGAAUGCAGAGACGCCCAGGUGACUUGCUUCGUCGAGUCGUGUAAACCUGUCGAGUGCAAACAACCCAUCAAGCUAAAAGGUGCCUGCUGCCCGGUGUGCCUUGAGCAAGAAGAUGGCAGCAAAAGGCAAAAAGCGGAAACAAGUAACAAGUGACUUUCAGGACCCCCCCAACAACCUCCCACUCUGACAAUCUAGUGUCUGAAAAUUACAGAAAAUCAGACAAAUUAAGAGAGGAGAUUGGACUGACUCAUAGCCACAGUUGACCUCGAGAAACCCAAAAGCCUCUCAGUUUGUUUGUUUUCUUUUAAAUCAGGGGAGUAUUUUUUUUUUUCUGGUUUUGGUUUUUUUGGGGCUAUUUUAGAUUUCCAGUUUGUCAAGGGCCAGAAGCCCUGGGCUCAGUUUGAAAUCUUUCAGCAAUAAGUCAACAGGCACUCCAUGGAUUUACUUCUGUAGCAGUUGAUAGAUUAAUGAAUUAUAUAAACAGGCCUGACAAAAGCUGUCCUUGCGAACUGAGGUGCUGUUUGCUCUCAAUGAGAAAAUACGAACCAGUUGUCAUUGAUACGCAGGAAAGGGAAGUGCAGUUGUCUCAACCAUUUUUCUCAGGAUAGAGAUACCGAAAACUGGUGCUAUUUUCCUGUGUUUACUUUGAGUUAAUCUCUAAGUACAAACCCGAAAGUAUUAUCGUUUGUAUGCAAAGCCACUUAUAUACGCUCAAUAUGUCUUUUAAUGAUACAUCAGACUUGACUAGAUUGUUUUAUUCAAUGACUUUUAAUGAAUAGUUAACUUUUAUUCUCUGGUGCUUUAUAUUGUGUGUUUUUCACCCUUUUUUCAAUGUACAUGCUUACAUGUAAGGAUAAUGUGAAGCCCUGCAAAAAUGUUUGCAAAAGAAACAUGUCUACUGAUAUCUGCUCUUCUAUACAUGGGAUAACUUCCUUUGUGCUUCUGCUAGCCCACCCAUGGCCCUAUAAGAGGUGGAGCUAGGAGCUGAGAGGUGCUCUUCUGUGCAGGAAACCCAAUGCAACUCCUGCAGCACUGUCCUCUUUAAUCAUGCAGGUCUGUGUCAAUAAAUUACUUUAGCAUCAGAAAGUGAAUUUAUUUCAGUAGGGAUGGUGAAAGCAUUUGUCUUUGUUAAGUUUGAGAAUAUGGCGUACAAUUAAUAAAAACCUAAAAUUCAGUUUCUCAAAAAAAUACACAAUGACAUAUGAGCAUUAAAAAUGGGUUUGAGAUACAGAAGUUUUAAUGUACAUUAUAUGCACUCAGUACUUGAUUGGAACUCAUUUUGCCUAAAUUACUGCAUCAAUGCAGUGUGGCAUGGAAAAAAUCAGUCUGUGGCACUGCUGAGGUGUUUAAGAAGGCCCGGUUGCUUUAACAGUGGCCUUCUCCGCAGCAGAAGGAAGCAAAAAGUGCUCUAGAAUGUCUUGGUAGAUGGCUGCAUUGACUGUAGACUUCAGAAGACACAGAGGACCAACACCAGCAGAUUACAUGGCUCCCCAAAUCAUCACAAAUUGUAGAAACUUCACUCUGGAUUUUCGGAAACUUGGAUUCUGUAGUUCUAUGAUCUUCCUUCAGACUUUGGGACCCUGAUUUUGAAAAGAAAAUGAAAAACUUUUCAUAGGUAAAAUGUAUUUGACAAUGUCUCUGGUUCAUGAAUGGCAUUAUAUGAGGAAUGCAAGUUUCAGUUGCUUGUGCGUUUUCUUCCAUCACACUUUUUCCAUCCAUUCCACUUUCCAUUAAAAUGCUUGAAUAAAGCACUGUGUUACGCAUAUAUUACCCAUCUCUAGCUGUAAGCCAUAAUCAUCAAAAUUAACAAAAAUAAAAGACUGCUAAUAUGUCACCUUGUGUAUAAUUAAUCUAUAGGAAUUUCUGAAUUGAACAGUUGAACUAAUUUAACUUGUCGAUGAUAUUCUAAUUCAUUCAGAUGCACCUGGAUCUGUGCUUCCGGAAAGCACUGAACCAAUAUUUGUUUGUACAGCUGUAAAGUUGUGACAUUCCUCCCAAUAUUUUUUCCUCACUUUCUAAAGCCAAAAAUAGUAUUGUGUAAUUUCUCACAUUAUGAAAUUAGCAUAUCUAUGAAACUACGUAUGAAUGCUGUAAAAAUCUGAAUGCAGUGUUUGGUACUGCUAAGUUUAUCACAGCAGCAUUCAUUUCUCACCUGCUCACCGUUGGUUUUCUUACACAUGCAGUCUUUAGUCGAAACUGAAGGGCUCUCACUGCUUCUCCGAUGCUCCAGUUUAUACAAGGUCAUGCAAGCAUCCAUUAUUUUGUCUUUAACUUCAACUCCCCCUUUUUCUUUGUUUUUUCUUCUCAUUUCUCUCCAAGGACAGUUUUCGGUGUGAGGAAUGCAGACCUUGCUCUUGUUUUCUUGCCAUAUUGAAGUUUUGAGUCUAAACUGACGUCAUUUAGUUGAGCGCAGUCUCUCCAACCCCCCUCCCCCCAGCCCUCUGACCCUCAUUCCACUGUAAUAAAAGCCAUAUGAGAGGGGGAGUGAGGGUGAUGAAGGGGGAAGGGGGAUCUCAUGAUUGGGCCUCAUGUAUGUAUUGUACAUAUACAAAUACCACUCAUUGUGCAUCAUGCACUGGCUUGCAUUGUCAGAUUGUGUUGUACUUGCAAGCACCCAUCACAUCGGUUCUUUUUGAAGCAAUUAUUUGUCACUGAACAGAAAUAAUACUCUCCAGUAUUUUAAAGGAUCGGAUGUAUUCGGGGCUUCAGUCACACUGGUAUCAUAUGCUUGCACAUUUUUGUGUGUUUACAGCUUUUAUUUGUCUGCAGCAACACACUAAAUGCAUUUUUUUGGCAAAGGUGCCAUAGCACACCUUCACCAGUCUGCGUUGUAAUAUAUCUGUCUUAUUGAAUUAUUUUUUAUUGUUCCCCAUUGAAAAAGUUCCAGGCGUCAAUAGAAUGCACUGGCCUGCAAGAUUGAACAUGCAAUACAAACACCGUCCCUGCACCCGGCAGUCAACAAGGACGUACUAGAACCCAUCGUGACAGUUGUAUUGUAAUUUUGCCAAAGAAUGGUUUGCACUGUAAUGUAUGGCUUUUAACAGUGAUAAUAAAAAAAAGCACAUUUAAAUUACA